GUUCAAUCCGAGAUAUUGAAACUGAAGCGGGCUCCGGCUGAGCACAUUUAUGUGAAAAGCAAAUCAGAGUGUCUACCAGGCACGCGGGUUAAGAUUCAAGAAUCCCUACUCAAACACCUGAAGGAGCCUGGGAACCGAUUCGUUUGGCUACGGGGAUCUCCUGGGAUGGGAAAAACUGCGAUCUCCAUGAGUAUUGCAUCCAUUCUUGAGCAAGAGGGCGUCCUGGCAGCGUCAUAUUUCUGGGACAAGAACCGGAAGGGAUCGGGCUUGGAUUCUAUUGAACAAUUCCCCUCUACCCUUGCCUGCCAACUUGCAUCCUUCAACGAGGACUUCAGAUUGUCACUCGUCAGACACCUUCAGAGGCCGGGUUUGGCCUUGUUCCAGGAUUUACCACUAGAAAAACAAAUGAAGACUCUAGUGAUUGAGCCCAUACGUAACCUGAAGGAUAUAUUCCCUUCGGAUACUAAAGAUCGCUUCGUCAUCGUUUUGGAUGGUCUUGAUGAGUGCGGCAAUCAGGAGACACUUGAGUCCUUGAUGGGGAUGGUACUUGGUCUUCGGGAGCUCCCACAGGCAUUUGCUGUGCUGAUGUGAACCAGAUAGCCUAUGAUGAGGGUUUCCAUACAGUUUGCCGUAUUGUGGAAGAAGGUCUUCAGGAUGUCAUUAGAAAAUCUUCAUGGAAACCACCACUUUGGGAAAUUCAUGCGAUUGCCCGGGCUUGCCGCGGGUUGCCUGUUAUAGCAUCAAUCCGGGUUCGUGACGUCUGCCAGCGGACACGGC